AUGGCCCGCUCCGCCAUUGUCCAGGAAUACGCCCCUCCGCCCGCCGCCUCGUCCACGCUAAGUCUCGAUCGCAAAGUGACUACCGAGCGACAACACAAUGGCAUCGCCCGUCCUAAAGGCUAUCGCGUGUCCUGGCAUGCCAAUCCGGCCGUGGAACUGCACCACUUCGGCCAGUCGCACCCCAUGAAACCCUGGCGACUCACCCUGACCAAGCAACUGGUCAUGGCAUACGGCAUGCACCACGCCAUGGACCUCUACCUGUCGCGCGAGGCGACCUACGAGGAAAUGGCCGACUUCCAUAAAACCGACUACCUCGAUUUCCUGCGCCAGGUCAUCCCCGGCGAUAUGGAGAAGGCCGAACAAACCGAGAACGUCGUGCGCUUCAACUUCGGCGACGACUGCCCCAUCUUCGACGGCCUGUACGACUACUGCUCGCUCUACGCCGGAGGCACCAUCGACGCCGCCCGGAAACUCUGCAACAAUCAAUCCGAAAUCGCAGUCAACUGGUCCGGCGGCCUACACCAUGCCAAAAAGGCCGAAGCCAGCGGCUUCUGCUACGUCAACGACAUCGUCCUCGGCAUCCUCCAGCUUCUCCGCAUCCACCCGCGCGUCAUGUACAUCGAUAUCGACGUACACCACGGCGACGGUGUCGAGCAGGCCUUCUGGUCCACCGACCGCGUCCUCACCGUCUCCUUCCACAAAUACGACAAGGAUAACUUCUUCCCCGGCACGGGGGCACUAGACGCUACGGGUCCCAAACACCCUCUCAACCCAGGCGCCCACCACUCCGUCAACGUGCCCCUGCACGACGGCAUCGACGACGAAUCCUACAUCCAACUUUUCCGCGACGUUGUUGGCAGCUGCAUCGACGUCUACCGUCCCGGCGCCAUCGUGCUCCAAUGCGGUGCCGACUCCCUCGGCUGCGACCGUCUCGGCUGCUUCAAUCUCAACGUCGCCGCCCACGGCGCCUGCGUCGCCUACGUCAAGACUUUCAAUCUCCCUCUCCUCGUCGUCGGCGGCGGUGGUUACACCCCCCGUAACGUGUCCCGUGCCUGGGCCCACGAAACUUCUAUCCUCAUCGACGCCCAGCAUCAAAUCAACCCCAGUAUUCCCGAGGAUGUCUUCUUCCGGAACCACUUCGGCCCGGAUUACUCGCUGUUUCCUCCCCUGUCGGAGAUGCGCAAGCUGGAGAAUAAGAACCCCCGUUCUUAUCUGGCCAGUCUCGUCGAGUCGAUCCGUGAACAACUCCGCUAUAUCCAGGGCGCGCCGAGUGUGCAGAUGAGCUUCAUCCCCCCGGAUAUCCUGGGUUUGCGCGAAGAUACUGAACGUGAGAUCGAAGAGGAGAUUGCCAUGAUAGAGGAGGAGCGUGAAGAACGCGAUGGGAAACCCGGUCGACGACGAGUGUUGGAAAAGGGCCAGUCGCUUCGGGGGGAGCUGUAUUCGUCUUGA